UUCGGCCCAUUAAACCAGUUUCUUAGGGCAUUAUCGUCAUUGUGCAGACCACCAAGCAACCUAUUACAAAACCCUAGCACUCAUCUCCCCUUUUCGUUAUCACCGGCACCGCCCCCACCCUACCCCCUCCACUUCGACUCAGCGCCGACGCAUCACAAUGGCUUCCGAGAAGAAGCUGUCGAACCCUAUGAGGGAAAUCAAAGUGCAGAAGCUCGUUCUCAAUAUCUCCGUUGGUGAGAGUGGCGAUCGUCUAACCCGCGCUGCUAAGGUCCUGGAACAACUCAGCGGCCAAACCCCCGUCUACUCAAAGGCGAGGUACACGGUUAGGUCGUUUGGAAUCAGGCGUAAUGAGAAGAUAGCAUGCUACGUGACUGUGAGAGGCGAAAAGGCCAUGCAGCUAUUGGAGAGCGGCCUGAAGGUGAAGGAGUAUGAGCUUCUGAGGAAGAACUUCAGUGACACUGGUUGCUUCGGGUUUGGCAUCCAAGAGCACAUUGAUCUCGGUAUCAAGUAUGAUCCUUCAACUGGUAUUUAUGGUAUGGACUUCUAUGUUGUUCUGGAGCGUCCAGGAUACAGAGUGGGUCGUCGCCGCAGAUGCAAGUCACGCGUCGGAAUUCAGCACAGAGUGACUAAAGAUGAUGCAAUGAAGUGGUUCCAAGUCAAAUAUGAAGGAGUUAUCCUGAACAAGUCUCAGAAUAUUGCCUGAACAAGUCUCAGAAUAGUGGGAGCUUCUUAGGAAGAUGCCUUUACUAUGUUGGUUUUUGGAAGUUUUGGUUGGCUGAAUUCGUGCUUUUUGAGUUACAAUUUUACUUGAUGUUUAAGACUUGGUAGAAUCAAAGUUACUAUUUGGUUGAUUUUAUGUGAUUUCACAAUAUAUAUCAAGGAAUUCCGCCUGGUUUACGUUGGUA